AGCAUCUCGGCGGUUAAGUGGGAGGGAGGAAAACUGAAAUCCAUCAGCAACAGAAUCCUCCCGGUAGCAACCAACAGCAGCCAACAGCGUCAAGAGGAAAAUUAGCUUGCUGAUUUGUGAGGAGUUAGAAUUUCAUCUACUUGCUUCUCCGCGACUUGAGAUGCGAUCGUGCCAGGUUACUGAAUAGUGGCAGCUUUUCACAGGAGCUGGCACGUAGGGAGAGAUGCGCGCAGUAGCAGCAAUAGGUAUCUUGUGCGCCCUUCUCCAGCCAUGCCUUUCCAAGGAAAUCGCCGCCCGCGCUUUACCCGCUCCUGUGGAGGUAUCUCCCAGUCAGUAUUUUGAAGGGAAUGAUGGACCAUGGUCUUCGUUUGAGCUGCGCGUUGGCACUCCGGCACAAAGUGUUCGUGUUCUCCCUGGCACGUCGUCGACGUCAACAAUAGUUGUUCUACCAAUGGGUUGUGGCUCAAGUGCGCCAUACAACUGUGCCGACCUUCGCGGCGGGCUUUUCAACACAAGCGCAUCGACGACGUGGAGCGAGAUUGGGGAUUACGAUCUAGGAUUUGAAGAUAGCUUGGGUUAUAGUGAUGCAGGAGAGUUCGGCUAUGAUACUGUCGGUCUUGGGUAUCAAGGAAGUGGAGGACCGACGAUCAACCAUUCUGUGGUCGGCGGAGUCGCAGCGACAGGGUUCUAUCUUGGUAUAUUUGCAUUAAAUCCGCGACCAACCAAUUUCACAACUUUGAACGACCCUCAUCCUAGCUUUAUGUCUUUGUUGAAAAAUCAAAGUUACAUUCCCAGUCUUUCCUACAGCUACACGGCUGGCGCGCCAUACCGACUUAACAAGGCGCUCGGCAGACUUAUCCUAGGCGGGUACGACACUUCCAUAUUCGAGAAUACCAACUCGUCUUUUGGCUUUUUCAGUGAUCAGACCAGGGAUCUCACAGUCAGUGUCUCGUCAGUUACGACCAACAUGAGCGGCGAGACAAACCUAUUACAUUCAGGAUCUAUCAACCUUUUAAUCGACUCUUCGGUUGCAGAGAUUUAUCUGCCUAUAACAGCCUGUCAAGCGUUUGAGUCAGCCUUUAAUCUCACGUAUAACAGUACAGCGAAACUAUAUUUAGUCAACGACACUUUGCACAAGCACCUUCUAGCUGCCAAUCCUUCAGUUACAUUCACGAUCGAAGCAGCGGUGUCUGGCGGUUCAUCUUUUAACGUCACUUUGCCGUAUGCUGCUUUUGACUUGACGGCGGAGUACCCGUUGGUUUCGAACAAUUCCUCGUAUUUUCCUCUGAAACAAGCUGCUAAUGACACGCAAUAUACCCUUGGACGCACGUUCCUACAGGAAGCGGUUGUGAUUGUGGAUUACGAGCGGAGUAACUUCUCGGUGCACCCGCGUGUUUGGAAUGCCAACGCUGUGUCGAAUAUCAUUACUAUAGAACCUGUAUCAUCCACGUCAACAGCCACAUCAACGCCGACAGCGAGCGUUGGGCCAAAGCCGAGCAAUAACGGGAAUAGCAGUAUCAGCAGCGGUGCGAUUGCAGGAAUCGUCGUCGGGGCCGUCGUAGUUAUUAUCGUCAUAGGUGUCGCAGUAUGGUGGUUCUUCUUUGUCGUUCCUCGAAGGAGGGCACAAAUGGAACAGAAUGACCAGAUAGAUGUCAAUCGUAUUGGCGAACUAGAAGAUGGUUCAAAAAACAAAAACUGGUCCGAAGCUGCCUCGACUGGCCUACAGGAGAUACAAGGCACUGAACCCAAAAUUCUAACCGAGUUGGAAUCUGGAGAUCAACCCAGACAUAGGACCGAGUUGGAUUCUGGAGACCGACCUGGUGGAGAACUGGAUGGGCGGGAGUUGAGAGUACACGAAUUGCAGGGCAGUGAGGUUCCUGAGAUGCAAGGCUAACUUUGUUGAGCUUUAUAUACCCCAUCCGUACAAUAGUCCAUAAUACUGUAUACAAG